AUGGCUCCGCCCGAACAACCCUUCCCUGUCUCCGAACUCGACCAGCACGUCCGCUCACACACGGUCAACUACAAGGAGCGAUCCCGCAAACUGCCCCAGGACUUCGACCUCAAGCGCGACUGCGAGUUGCUUGAGCUCGUGCAGUAUAGUUGCACCACGGUCAAGCAGCAGUAUGAAAGGGCGCUGGCCAGCGGGACCGGCACGGCCAGGAUGGAAUGCUUCCCCAUCGUGAGGUUAUUUAGGAAAUGCGUCAAAGGUGGGAAGGUGUUUCACGUCGAGACGACAGCGUGGGAAGGGCAACAUGCCUGGAAACCACCUGUCGAUCCACAGCCGACGGCGCAUCUGAGCAGUAAUGACCAAGAAAAGGCCGCUGCUGCAGACGACUCAUCAGCAAACGUGCUUACGUCCUAUUGGAACUCGCUAUGGUCCAAAAAGUGA